AUGAAGAUUUUUGCAGUAUUUGGUAUUAUGUUAACUUAUUUCUGUGCAGUAACUUUCGGAGCUGAAAGUCUUCAUCGAUGUAACGAAAAACUUAAGGCAACAAUGGAAUACUGUUUUCAAAGGAACGGACGUUAUUCAAUACCGUUGACGGAGUUAAAGAGAUUGAGAGAUGCUUGCAUGAAUGAUAGAAAUUGCAAAACUAAAGCAAAGGAUUGUCUUCUAUCAAAACUUAAAAGUUCGGAAUUCGGAAACUGUCCUUCAAAAAGGACCUAUGUACAAUCAAUAGAUCGUAUGUUCAAAUAG